AUGUGGACUUAUUUUGUUCUCGUCUUUCUUCUGUGGGAUGUUGAUGCGGACGAACUAACUUACCAGAUGACAGCGGGUAACUAUCCUCCCAACGUCGACGAGAUCUACGGUGAUUGGUCCGAAUGGAGCCAAUGCGAACGUACGCAGUGUAUUGAGAGACGAAUUCGGGAGUGUCGGGAGAGCAGCUUCGUUAAACCAAUAAGAAAUUCACUGUUAUAUUCAACCUGUCCAUACCAAUUCAUCGUGGAGUACCGGAGGUGUAUUGAUCCGUCGCUGUGCUUGUUUAGUGAUACAUCGUCCAUAAUAAAUACAUUCGCAGACACCUGCGGCAUCCGCUACGCCUUGCCACCGCAAACCAUGACGAAAAUAUUCGGUGGCCAAACCUCUACACCACACUCCUGGCCAUGGGUGGCCGGUCUCUACUUCGACGCGGUGUGGAUGCGUAAGCACAGACGCGUGGAGCACCCGUUCUGCGGCGCGUCGCUGGUUGCACCGCGGCAUCUGGUGACCGCGGCGCACUGCAUCUCCAACCUCUCCGCCCAGUUCCCUCUUGGCAGACCCUUCCGCUUCGCCGACUUUUUGCCCUUCAGCAUCAAGGCGCGCCUUGGCGACCACAGCCGCGUGCGACACGAGCCGUGGCAAGUCGACAUCCCCGUUGAAACCGCCACCAUUCACGAACGCUACCGGCCAGACAAACCACACUACGGCUACGAUGUCGCCAUUCUGACCCUGGCAAACAGUCCAUACUUGUCUCAAGCGAUCUACCCUGUUUGCGUGCCGACGUUUAACACUGAAUUGCCCCAAGGAACCAAGUGCUACGCGGCUGGCUGGGGGAACACGCGGCCCGUCGUCAAGAAGAAGGGGUCUCGCACGGCGAGGAGCAACCCCCUGAACCUGCUCGAGGUCGAUCUUCGUCUGGCGUCGUUCGCGAAAUGCAGCUUAUACAUCAAUCGAUUAAUCAAAGGUGUCCACAUCUGUGCUGGGGAGCCGGGCAAGCAGAAAUUUGGCAGGCAGACGAGUGCAAACGGUGUCGGAGUAGAGAGUGGCAUCAGAUCAAGUUUUUCCUUCGUACUUCUGUAUUUCCAGGACACCUGUACAGGUGACAGUGGCGGUGGCUUGUUCUGCCAGAACCCUGCAAACGGUCGAUGGCUGCUCUACGGAGUCACCAGCUUCGGCAGUGCCAGAGGCUGUGGACACUACGCCAGCGUCUACACCAGCAUUCCCGGCGUGUCCAAAUGGAUCCACAACAAUGUCCGAUAG